UCGCGAGCCCCGCUGAACAGGUGUUGACUUUCAAGCAACGAGUAGCGACGCCGUUUUUCAACCUCAAAUUUCUAAAAUUUUCUUUCCUUCUCUUCUCCUCUGAACCUUUAUAUAUAAACUUUUGGCAUUUCUCUCUCUCACUUCCCUCCGUAAUCAGAAACACCAUUGAAAAGCAAACCCAAAAUGAGAACUAGAAAUGCAGACGCUACGAAAUCAGUAACCCCUAAAAAAACGACGCCGGCUAGGAAAUGCGCUCCCAAAACCACUCCAGAUUCUACGCCGGCCGACUCCUCCUCCACUCCUAAAACCACGGAGACAAAACGCAGCGCUGCAGCCAAAGCCAAACAAGCUAAGACCAAUGAAUCCGCCACCGCACCCUCGCCAAUUGCUUCUUCUGAUUCAAAACCUCAACAAUCUACAGUUGAAGAAACAGAAGUAGUGGUUGAUGCUGCGACUUCAGUAACACCUGAGACGAAAGUCGCACCGAAAAAGAGAACUGUAGUGAGGAAAGUAGUGAAGAAGGUAGUUAAAAAGGCUAAAACUCCUACUAGUAUAAAAGAAGUUGUUAGUGAGGACACACCUAAGACGAUGACCGAGGAAGAAACUGCUUCGGCUAAGGAUGAAGAGAGUGCAAAGGAGGAAGUGGAACCUGCUAUUGAGACGGCUGUUGCCGAAUCUACUAAGGAUGAAAAAAUUACUGCUCAAGUGGCAGAACCUGUUGCUGUUAGUGUUGAAGAGUUAUCAGAGAAGGGAAAAGCGAUUGUGGAAGUUGAAGAGCCUGUAAUCGAAUCUGCAAAUAAAAUAGAAAUUGUGAUUGAAGAUUCUAAAGAGACAGAAAAAAAUGCAACGGUUAUGGAUCUGCCUUCUAAUGAGGUUAUUGAAUUUUCUAACAUUCAAGAAUCGGGCAGUCUAGAUAAAGGAGAGGAUGUGAAUGAAGAAAUCAAGGAGGUUGAGAUAAAGGAGGAGAAAAAAAAUGUGGCUGUUGAGACCGAUGAAAAUAAUAAAGAUAAGUUGAUGGGGAAUGACACUCAACCUGUGCAGGAUGAGUAUGGUGGCGAUGAAGGAUAUGAGGAGUAUGCUGAUCGAGUGGACUUUGAAGAUCAUGGCGAGGAUGAUUUUGUAGAAGAGGAUCCAGAGGAGAUCAUUGAAGAAACUGAGGCAUUAGAAGAGGAGCGUAAGGAAUUAACAGCUGUUGUGAAGGAGCGAAAGAUUAAGAAAGAAUACGAGAUAUUUGUAGGUGGCCUGGAUAGAGAAGCUACAGAGGAAGACGUGAGGAGGGUUUUUGAGACAAUUGGUGAAGUAGUUGAAGUUCGAUUACAUAGGAAUCUUGCAAUGAGUAAGAGUAAGGGGUAUGCAUUUGUGAAGUUUGCAAACAAGGAGCAUGCUAAACGCUCUUUGUCAGAAAUGAAAAACCCCGUGAUAUGUGGAAAGCGAUGUGGGACAGCACCAAGUGAGGACAAUGAUACUUUGUUUUUGGGCAAUAUAUGCAAUACAUGGACAAAGGAAGCUAUAAGACAAAAGUUGAAGGAUUAUGGUGUUGAAGGUGUUGAGAACAUCACUCUUGUCGCAGAUGUUCAACAUGAAGGAAGGAGCCGUGGCUUUGCAUUUCUUGAGUUCUCUUGCCAUGCUGAUGCAAUGCAUGCGUACAAGAGGCUUCAGAAGCCUGAUGUUGUAUUUGGCCAUCCAGAGAGAACUGCCAAAGUAGCCUUUGCAGAACCUAUACGGGAGCCUGAUCCAGAAGUUAUGGCUCAUGUGAAAACUGUCUUUCUUGAUGGGCUUCCUCCUCACUGGGAUGAAGACCGUGUUAGGGAGCAGUUGCGUGGUUAUGGGGAGAUAAUGCGGAUUGUCCUGGCUCGAAAUAUGUCAACUGCCAAGAGGAAGGAUUUUGGAUUUGUUGAUUUCUCAUCCCAUGAAGCUGCUAUUGCAUGUAUUGAGAGAAUAAACAAUGCAGAAUUGGGUGAUGGGAACUCAAAGACAAGAGUGAAAGCAAGGCUGUCAAAUCCUAUGCCUAAAACACAGGCUGUCAAAGGUGGAAUGUGUGGUGGUUUUCUGAUAGAUCGGACUGGCAGUGGAACCUCUUCAAGAUUUGGGAGGAGUUUUGGGCGGGGUGGACAUCACUUCAACUGGGGAAAUUUCCAGCGUGGUAGAGGCUUCUAUCAUCGUGGACGUGGUCAAUCUAGUAGAAUGGGUUCGAAUGAGUAUGAUUUUAAUAACCGAUAUAAUCCGUUUUAUGGGAGGCAAAUUACUGGGCAAGGAGGAAGAAGGGGCCCUCCCAGAGGCGGUUAUUAUCCUGCUGGCAGAGGUGUUUCUGGUACUGGCCCAUCGAGAACUAAUUUCAAUAGACCUUGGUAUGAUGCUCCUGAGAGAGGGCAUGGAGACCAUCCUUCGUCUAGGAGGCAGCCAUUUUCCCCAGAAGCAGCCUUUCAUAGAUCAUAUGUAGGAAGGAACUUUGAUGACCCUUAUCUCUGCGAUGAUGGUGCACACGGGAUGAAGCGGCCAUUUUACAUGACUGACCAUGAUCCUGACUAUGCAGAACCUAGUAGGCACCGGCCCAGAUUAGAUUACAGUGAUCCAGCAGUUCCAUUUCGCGAGGCACAUUACCAUGAUAUGUAUGGAGCAGGCGGUGAUCCUUACUCUCAUGGUUAUUAUGGUCCUGAUAGUGGUGCGCAGCCACCUUAUUAUAGAGGUGAUGGUCCGUAUCGAGGUGGUUACUACUAUUAGGUGCAUGAAUGCUUGGUGGACUUGGAAGAGCAGGAUGCUCAUUUUUGGUUACAGGCAAAUGACUUGCUGUUCAGAAUAUUAGUUAAAGUCACACUUCCUUUUUCUCCUCGUGCCUUUUUUCUGCUGUUUGUCUUGAUUCCGAGUCCUUGCUCUCUCUCUCUCUCUCUCUCUCUCUCUAUAUAUAUAUAUAUAUAUAUAUAUAUAUAUAUAUAUAUAGAUAGAAAAUAUGGUUUAGUAUCCUGAGUUUUUAAAAUGUCUAGUUUAGGUUAUGUCUCAAGAGGACUUAGACUAAGUAAUAUUUUCUGUAUAUUUUGGAGAUUGGAAUAGGCAUUAGCCCUUUCGAUCUAGGUUUGGGCUGCUUGAGGACUGCAGGAUGGAUAUGCUAAAGUGCAGUUUUUGAUACCCUGUAAUCAUCAUGAUCUAUAUCAUGGAUUAUUUAUGCUUGAGAUCCUUUAUUUUGAAGCCAAAUUGGUGACUUCAUUUCAUGGAAGGACAGUUUGAAUCAAGGGUUUCACAGUGAAAAGAGGUGCAGAUGCUAAAAUAUUAAAUAUGCUGAAGAGGGCCAUGUGGAGACUACCUUGAAUUUUUGUUGGCAAAAUGAAGAGCUUUAGAGCUUCUAUACCUGACAUGUAGGCACUAUUGAAUCGGAGACCUAUCAUCAGAUCUGAAUUUGUUGUGAUGAUAUAGAAGCUUAAUAGAAAGUAAUGGUUACCUGAGUUACAAAGGGAGCAUUUGAUGUUGAUACCAUCUCUCUAUGAAUAUUGAACUUAUAGUAUUACAUGGAAUCUCUUGUCUUACAGAUUUAUUUUGGCUGUUCGUGUAACAUUUUGCACCUAUUUUGAAAGCUCUUAUUUAAGGUGCAUUGUCCCCUAGUGAGCUUGAGAUCUUAAAUACAUUUUCUUUUCUUAUUGUUAUUACAUCUGAGGAGCUUAAAUGAUUGAUUUGGUUCAUUACUUUUGGUGUUUGAGUCUAACCAGUUUUAUAUGAUAUGAGAAAGAUCCUUAUGGUAGCUUUUAAACAGGAAUUCUCUGUUAGGGGACAGGACUUUCUGGCGAGACAGAUUUGUUUUGUUUGGGGAAUGUUUUUUAAAUUGCAUCUUGUUCUGAUUGAUCUGUAUAUAGAGAAAAGACAUUGGCUGCCAGCAACGAAUCACAGUUUUGAUGGUAUAUUGCUUAGGCCUCCUAACAUUAGAUGGUUGAUGUGGCAUAUUGAUGUUUGGUAAAGACCUGGAAUUCUGCAUAUUGGUGCGAUACUUUGGAUUGGAUCAUUUUCUGCAAAUUUUGAUUCAUAAUUGACGAGAAGUUAGUAUAUUUUACUUAAAUCAAAGUGUGCUAGGCUGCAUAAACAAGGUGGCUGCCAGUGAUUGCAACAUGGAGUCACUUUGCUCUAAACAAAGAUUAUGCAAAAUUAUGGCUCUUUAAUUUUUUUCGUGGAAAUUGUGAGGUGACAGUGACAUGGUUGGUUACUAUUCAAAAUGAUUAGUUGCAUUCUGCUGGGAACUUACUACCCUUAACUUCAAAUUCACUUGAAUAAUCUUUUCUAGAGCCCGGCCAGUUUUUGCAUAGAAAAAAUAACCAUGUGUGGGAGAUUAAGAAGAUUGAAGAACUGAAUGGAAAAUAAUAAAAAAAUUAAAUUGAAAGGAAGUGAUUUCCUGAGUCGGUCAGUUGGGUUUUGAUUUUGGAUUUUUUUUUUUUAAAUUUAGUUUUAUCAUUCAAUGUGAUUGUUUGUGAUGAUGUGUAUUACAUGUCCCGUUCAAACUUUAUUCACUAUAGGACAAAUAUUAGUAUUGAUGGAUUACAUAUUGUUAUUUUUUGAACCUUAGGUUUGGGGUUAAGAUAUGAUGCUUGGUAUUAGUAGAUUGUUUAAGGCCAUGUUGCUUGUGAGUGUGCCCGCUUGUGCACAAGCACUUGCACAUACUUCAUAUCAAUCCGGGAGUAACAUUAGAAUUAGUAUAUUGGUUAGUCUUGCUCAUUUUUCCAAACUUUUAGUUGUGCAUCCAAGAGACAGUUUGCUAUUAGAAUUUGUCUGAAGCGAUGUUACUUGCCCCAUAAUUUCUUUGCUUAGGCAUUACGAUGCUCUUCAGCGAGACUUUAAGAUAUAACAUGGCUAAUACUAAUGAAUAUUACCAUCAUGAACUUACUUCGCCGCUGAGAAAGAGUGCAUGUUUCAGAGAGAAUACUACCGUUCAAUCAUCUAUUUUACUCAGUUUGUCCCUCAAGGAAUAGUGUGGGGGCUUGAAAGAAACCUUUAUGACUUACUGAUCAUUCUUGUUUUGCAUGUUUACUUGGACUGAAAGAGUUAGAAGAUAGAGAGUCCUUCAUUUCUGAAUCUAGUGUCGUAGGUUCAAGAAUAAGCCACCACUAUGCCAUCAUCCAAUCUGAAUCUAUGAGACCAGGCUUAACUGUUGCCCCCAUUUGUCUCUAUCUCUCUCCUGCAUCCUGGUUACUUCCUGACCCUGUCACUUGAUCUAAAAGUAUGUUAAAUUUUGAAUCUGCACUCCCUGUUCUUGAAGCUGGAUUCUUGUUCCAUUGGUUUCAAAUUUUGCCAAUUUGUUAGGUGAGGGUCUGAUUUAGUGCGCUGCAGAAAAGCAAUAAGGACCUUCUUUCAACUGCAUGGUUGUGGAACCACAAAUCACAGUCUAUAUUUCCCGUUACUUUUAGGAUGAGGUAAUAUCAUCUCUCAUAAUUUCUCGACCUUCAUUUUCACUUAUCAUGUAUGUUGCAUUGUCUUUAGUCCAAUAUCAGCCCAAUAUUUUUUACCUUGGUAAGCUCAUUUAUUCCUGUUGCCAUUGAUGUUAGAAGGGAUAGUUACUUUGUUUUCUCAAUGUUAUUAUGCUUUCUUAAAAGAAGAUGGUUACUGCCAGCAGGACCACUGCAAUUACCAUUUUGAGUGUCACCAUCACUCACUGUCAUUACAAUCAAUUUAUUGAUACUAUUACCAUGGUUUUUAAUAAUAGUUUUAUGUAAAAUACAACUAGUCCUUAGAAAACUGAUGUUGGACAAGUAUAAACAGUUUUUGGUUUUCUAAUUAAAAGGAUUGCACAAUUUUGAAUGGGUCUUUGACUUGGUUUCCCCAAUUUGGGCUAUAUGUUCUCUUCAUUCUCAGACUAAGUAUAGCAGAAGUUGUUCAGUUUUCUAUUUGAUUUGUUCAGUUGUGUUUCUCCAAGCGUGUGGCAACUGUUAUGUGGUGGGUGGUGAUUUAUAGUGACUGGUGAAUGUUGCAGUAGUCAAAAUGUUUUAAGGUAACUGGUAUAUGAUAUUGAUUUGUUAGUUGAGUUGUUUGGUAGAUUUGAUGCCUUUGCCAGUAAAUUUUGUAUCUUUCACUGGUUGUUCAAUGUAUAGUUGUUGUGCAAAAUGGGGUGGUUUGAACUCAAGGCAGUCACUUGUGAAAAUGGGGGUAGAUUUAGUGUGCUUUGAUAUUUGCUUUCAUGUGGUCAUUAUUUCAGCGUUUUAGUUUUGACUUAGAGAAGUCAACUACUCGACUGUUUGAGUUGCUGGUUUUAAACAUAUAUUGACCUACAACACUUAUACUGACGGUUUUAGUACAUUUCAGUACAAACCCCAGUAUUGGUUUUAUUAGCAUACAUUUUAACAUUGAAAUUAUCAUUUUGCAAGCAGUCUAUUUUAAGUUUGCUGGAAGUUCUUUAAUGUCUUUGUAGAAAAGAUUCUUUUAAAAAUUAGUAGAUAUAAUUUUUUUCUUUAAUUUAAUUGUUCAGGGUAUUCCUCUUUUAAUUUCUUUGCAAAGUUAUAUAUUAUAUAUAUAUUCUCUUAGUAGUAAACUACUUAUUCAUUUUAUAAAGGGAUAAGGUUCAAUUUGGCCCCUAAACUUUGCAGUGAGGCUCAAUUUAGCCCUUUUUGAUCUUUUGGGUGAAUUUAGUCCAAAACCUUGCUUUUUUUUUUUUGCACGAAUUUCCCUAUUUCAGAGAGAGUGUCACCCACUCUCUAUAAAAGAGGGUGAGUUGCUAAAAAUUUUUGAUUAAUUUCAAAAAAAAAAAAAUUUAGUAUUUAUUUAAAAUCAAUUUUGAUUAUUAAGUUGAAUCAUAAGAUAUUUUAGUUUUUUUAUUUAUGUAUUUAAAUAUUUUCUAAAACUAUAAAAUAGUUUUCUUUAAAAAAAUAUUUGUAAAAUUAAUUUUUUAUUUCAUUUAAAAAAAAAUUAAUUUUCUUAAUUUCUCAAAGGAAAGUGACUGUCAUUCUCAUGUAAGGGCUCAUUUGAGCCAAAUAACAAAGUUAUGGACUAAAAUGACCCAAAUGGUCAAAAAGGACCAAAUUGAGCGUGGCCAUAAAGUUUAGGGGCCAAAUUGAACUUUAUUCCUUUUGUAAAAGUUUGUCGAGCUCCGCGAGUUUUAUCAGCAAGUUUCAUAUCAAGAAUAUUUAACACUAUUCAAUCAAUUUGAAUACAAUCAAAUUUAAAGUAAAGCUUGUUUAUUUUAUUUUGAUGAACAAAUAUAUUAAUUAGAUUAUAUCUAUCAAUUUUUAAUUAGUGAAAUUGCUUUUCAAUGGAAAACAUUUUAAGAGAAGUUGUCUAACAACCUUAAUCCGACACUUUAUAGUGUUGGUUGUUGGAUUAUGUGCUUGGUUUGUAUGGUUGAUAAGCAGUAAAAGUCUAGAACCAACAGUAUAAACAUCAGUUUGGAUUAAAAUUAACUGAAGUGUUGGUUUUAGGCCUAUACUUUAUAACACUACGAGGGUAUGCUAUUAGCUCAAGUGGACCACGUCGACCUGAUGAUCCAUCUAGCAUUUUCUUCCCUUCCCAUUUCAUGCAAAAAAUGCUUUUUUUUUUUUUCUUUUUUUUUGUCAAAUUCCCAAUUUGAGGAGAAAAGAAAUUUUCUUCGGGGGUGGAUACCUUUUCAUGUUUGCUAGUGGUGCUAGUUAAGGGAAGGUAAGAUGACACCAGAAAAAGGGAUUCGAGACUUCUAGUUUUGGUUGAUAAUGUUUCCCAAGAAGUUAUAAUUGUAGAAAAAAGGAUCAUAAUGGUCAAAUAUCUCUAUCUAUAACUAUCUAUUCUGUUGAUAAGGAUAUAUUGCUAGCGUAUUUUGUUCUUGAUGAUUUAUUAAUUUGUCUCGUCCUCUCAUUAUAUGGUUUCCUUGUUUGCUUUAAUGCAUCACCUCAACACUAAUCGCAAUUUAUUUAUACAAUGCUGCUUGUUGAUUCAUUUUUUGUGGUACUUCAGUUUGAUGAAGAAAUACAAUACAGUUAAUCUAGGUCAGAUCUUAAUACAGUCCUAUCAAACAAGCACACGAGUGUAUUCUAGUUCAUACUUUCAGCUGUUUGAUACUUUUCUUUCACCACGGCUAAUGCGCCGAUGCCAUGGCAUACCACUACUAAGAGUAUUCAUCUGAUGCUUUCUCGGUGGCACUUAGUGUUGGUAACAUAACAUCACAGAAUGCUGGUUGAUUGGUGUCAAGGUGCUCUUUUAGAAUGCUCAUAGUAUUUUGGACCAAUUCUUUUUUAGGGUGCUGCAGUUUGUAUAGUGUUAUGUAUGUGCGCCUAGUUCCUUAUUUUCUCUUCUGUUAUUUCCAAACUCAUUUUGCAAUGUUUUGCACUUGACAAUCAAUUGUCCAAUGUGAUAGAAUAGUAGUAAAUUUUACAUUGGGAUUGA